AUGAAUUCUGGCCUGCUUUCAACUGUCGUGCAAGUCGCCAUGGAGCUGAUGGAUUCUGACAGCGACGAAGAGUACGAUGACUUAGUCACAGCAAUAGCAAUGAAAUCGGCGAGAUUGGACCGAAAUCGCAUGCCAAGGUAUUGUGAGGACGUUGUUGACCGGUAUUUUGGUUUCGAGUUUAAACGGAUGUUUCGGCUGUCACGGGAAACGUUCGGGGAUCUCGUUGCCCGCUACCAGACGUCCUCGUUCUUCCCAGAUUCUCCUGGUGGUCGCCCACGGAUUAGUGCAAACAAGACUUGCUUAGUAGUGCUGAGCUACCUCGGUAGCCAGUCGAGUAUGUACUCCCUUGCCAAAAGAUUUGAUAUAUCUGAGUCGUCAGUGCGCACGUGCAUUGAGCGCGUAUUGAACUUUUUACUCAGUAUAAGCGAAGAAGUCAUUUCUUGGCCAGACAGUCGUGAGCAAGAACGGAUCAAGACUGGCUUUUUGCUAAGAAGUGAAGGUAAAGGUCCGCGCAACACCAUAGGCUGUGUGGACGGUUGCCACAUAGAGAUUAAGAAGCCGGAGGAGUCGCCGCAUUCGUACUUUAACCGCAAGAAAUUUCCAUCUGUGGUGCUCCAGGGAAUAUGCAAUGACAGGAACAAGUUCAUUGACGUUUUAAUAGGAUUUCCUGGAUCUGCACACGAUGCCAGGGUGCUUCGUGAAGGCCCUUUCUUCGAGGUAGCUCAGACGAAGUGUGCAGACAGUUACCUGCUUGGAGACUCUGCAUACCCCUUGCUUCCGUGGUUGUUGACACCAUACCGAGAUAAUGAACAGACCUUUCCAGCAUGGUAA